GUGUUGACCGGGUGUGCAAUUUUCAGCGAAUUAUAUAUGAGGAUAAGCUUUUUUCAUUUUACAAGCAUCUUAUACCAGUACAACGUACUCAGACCAUUACAAGUUACUAAGUAGAGAAUAGUGAAUGGUUGAACAAGUAACUAAUUCUUUUUACUUCUUUUCGCUUUUUUUUUCUUUUUCUUUCUAUCUUCUCUCUUGUGUGUGUGUGUGUAUGUGUUUGUGUGUUUAUACAUCCUGUGGUAAAUUCUUUAUCUACCACCAGCAAACUUUGGCUUUUCUCUCGCGAUAACAUUAAGAUCUUGUCCGCCUGCAAACACUGACUUGAGUGAAGGCUCUAUACUUGCUGCAAAAUAGGAUUCAUUUCAAGACAGACUAUCUCGCAAUGGAGAAACUGCAAGGCUGCUUAAAAGCACAUGCUGUUAGGACUGUCCUUCUGAUGACUAUGACAGUCGUAUGCUUCCCUGGCCCGUGCUCCAGUAUACACAAUUAUGGAAAUGACACAACCACGAGGAACAAGGCUAGCGAUCACCUUAUAGCCAACCGGAUUUUACCCUUCGUGAAUUUAAGAGGAACAUCUAAAAGUAAACACCAGCAUCUAGGUACAAACAACCACCUACGUCGACAGACUACCACAUCAGCAGGUGCUCUGUUCAAUCGCAGUGCCAACAGCAACCACCAUGGCCCUCCGACGCUCCCAGGCGAUACAGUUAUAUCAGCCUUGCCCUCCAGACGUCUUCUGUCGACAACGCAAGACCAUAUUCAAGCAGAUGACGAUUUCUACAAAUUUAUUGCAUCUCAUAAUGCAUUUCUAAUGUUGUGCGACCACCCUUCUCAUACUUUCUCUAAUAAAUUCUUUUACAACGGUGAGUUCUACGAUCCUGAGGCAAACUGCACUUUCAACAAAGGUUUCAUUAACUCUUUUUUCAGUGUCGCUGAGUUUUGUGAGUAUUUGUUUGGCCUUAUUUACAAUACCGAUGAUCUCAUUAAGAUGCAUAUUCUUGGAAAGAUGCCCAAACUUUUGUAUCAUAACAAAACCUUUGAAAACCUUUGUGUGCCAUUUUACAAGGUGAAAUAUGGAUGCAAAUCUACCGAACUGUUUACAACAUGUAACAACAACACUGUUAUAUUUCUUGACAGUGAGGUCUGCCCUCGACCACCUCCCAUGUUCACGGACUAUGAGUAUUAUGUAGGCAAUUAUAUCGAGACAAAUAACCUUCAUUGCUUAGCAAAAAUUUGUGACGGCACAUACCACGCAAUAGAAUCAGAAGUAAGUGGUGUGAAAUUCAAAGCUUCUAACUUUUUUCUAAUUUAUGAAAAUAAAUCCUGUGAUGAGUUUAAUUUUGUUGGGACAUUUACUAACGAGUCAGUUUUAUACAUGUAUAUAAACAAUCACUGGCCUUGUUGUUUCCCAAUGUACACUGUGCACUGGGCAAAGCACCCAGAAUCACACGGUCUCAACGGAGUUUGGAAUUUCCUCCCUUUUUCGUGCCGUGUGGGUGAGAUCUGUUUGAUUGUGCUGGUGGCAUGUGUGGCAACGGGAGGCGUCGCAGGUAACCUUAUGGUUAUAGUGGUAAUGUUGAGAAUUAGCAACCGUAGUGAAGAGUCAAAUAUGCUCCGUUUAUCCCUCGCUGUGGCUGACUUCUUAACGUGUGUUUUCGUUGUGUUACCUUCGCUCUAUGAACAUGUGAAACCCCUUUUAAUACCUUUAGAACCCAUAAUUAUCCAUAAGGUGGAUGAAAUGGAUGAAGUAGUACCUGGAGAUGCUGUUGACAGAACGACAAUGUAUUUCCCUCUCCGAUUCUUCCAAGGACAGGUAUUUACGGCGUGUUCUAUCGUUUCACUCCUUACUCUUUUUCUCCUGAGUGCCGAGAGGUUUGUCAUGACGGGCCGAGGUCUCAGGUACAAGCACUACAUAACUCCUCCGCGGGUCAGACAGGCGAUGGUCAUCUCUUGGAUCAUAGGCUGGGUCAAUUCAUCACUAAUGGUCAUAUUUGGUCGGACAGUUUCCACCGUUACAUGGAAGACGUUCAUUAAGAUUCCCGUCGGGUUGUCGAAUUAUGCCCACGAGGACUUGGUGGUUUAUACUUGUUACAUCAUUCAUAUAUUUCUUCUGUCCAUAUCAAUCCCUGCUACUAUUCUGCUCUCAGUUCUUUCCAUCAAAAACUUUGUUCAAGAGCAGAAUCGCAUGAGAGAAAGGUGGCACAAAAUGCAGAUGCGGGUUUCAGGUCCCUAUGAGAGCGAAAACUGCUACAUAUUCGUCACGCAGUUACUCAUGACUGUAUUUUUCCUCAUUUCCGUUAUCCCUCUUUCGUUUUACUUUCUCAAUUUCAACCUACUACAACUCAAGCACUUCAGUCCUCUCUCUCUAGCGGUUGACAGUUCUCUCUAUGAGUAUUUGUCAUGGUGGUUAUUUUUAGCAAGCACGGCGUGGAAUCCAUGGAUUUAUAACAUGCGAAGUCACAAUUUUAGAACGGAGUUGUGCAAAGUAAAGUAUGUUUGUAUUCCUAUGGUUCUAAGGAAGAAAUGGCGCUCACGUCACACUCAAGAAAAUAGAGUGACCCUAACACGGCAACAGAAACUAUUGUCGCGGGUAGGCAUUUACACCUAGAGAGCAGCCUGAAUAAUACGGCUUCUUAUUUAUAUGAAUUAUAUAACCCCCACCUUCUCUCUCUCCCUCUUCUCUUCGUCUCUAUCUCUCUCCGUCUGCCUGUCUCGGUCACUCUUUAAUUCAUCUUGCAUGGUGGAAUGGAAACUAACAAGUUUUUGUUCUUAGAUAUUUGAGCAUUAAACUUGAGUCACUUUGUUUUUAUUUUUAUUUAUCGUUAUUAUUAUUUUUCUAGUUUUUUUUCGGUUAAUUUUACCUUGCCAUACAUUUUCAUUGAACUGCGUGAGUGGUUAUAUGACGGAAAAAUUAUGCUAUAUACAUUGUGAACUCUUUUUUUCCAAAAAAGGCAAGUGAUGGUCAUAUGUUUAUUCCAUGUUAACUUGGCCAGAAAAUCUAUUAAGCCUUUUUUUCUUCUUUGCUAAAAUCGAACAGGUCAUGUGCGAACGGCUCCUGCAUAUCCCACUGUAUAUAAACUCUGGCCUUUUCUCUUUUGUGUAUAUAUUUUUUAUUGUUUUCAAGUCCCUGUGACUUUCAUGUUGCAUUUUUUGUUAUUAAAUACUAGUGAAAGUGAA